AUCAUCGAAGAGGCAUCUCGCGAGUCGUCCCGCGAAGUUCACCUUGCCAACAUGUACGACGAGCAGGGCUUCCUCAGCGAGGACCAUGAGGACAUCUACGACCUCAACGAGUUUGAGAUGAUGAACUCCAACGUCGGACCCCACGGCCAGGAGAAUGGAGCCUUUACCCAUGACACGCUCUUAUACGGCAAUUGGGAGCAAGACAAUAACUUGCGCGAGUUCAAUCGUUCUUCGAGCCCGGAUACCGUCGUUUUUGACCAUGCCCGCUAUGCUGGUGUCAACCUCUGGGAGGUGAGCAUUAGCACCGAUUCGGAGUCGUACUCGCGUUCGGUCCAUGAAGGUAUCAAGUGCUCCGCCAUCCAGAUCGAGGGUAUCCCCACUACCAAGGACUGGUCCAUCUUCCAGAGCAACCUGGUCGAUUACGGUUUCGAUGAGCCUAGCCGUCAGCUCCCUGGCUGCUCCGCCGGCCACCCUUACGCGAAGGAGUGGAAGAUGACAGACUCCAUGAUGAAGGCCUACGAUGCUGUCCGCGGCUCCAUGAGGGAUGCGAGCGACCCACUGCGAUCUUGGAUGGAGGUGAAGGCUUUCGAGUCUGCUCUAAGAGCUAAGAGAGACGGUGCCAAGGUUGCGGUUAACGGCCCGUCUUGCCAACAUGAUGAGAAACCCGACGUCAAGGGAAAAGGAAGAGCUGUUGAUGGUGGUGGUUUUGCUCACAGCCAGCCUUGUGGGAAUUCCGAGAGCAAGGGGAAGGAAAUGGCCUCGUCUCCUGUCAAGGGAACCGAGACUCCAGGCUUGCACACUGAGCUGGAGCGAGAGACGGAUGACUAUGUCAAGAUGCUCGAUGACACUCAUCUGCUAUCUCACGAGUAUGCCCCGGAUACGGCGGACAGGAAGGCAGCCUACAAUGUCCCUCGACCCAACUACCUCCACGUCGUGCCCGACUUUGAGGGCUUCAGAUUCGAGGAUUACCUCCCUCAGGUCGCUGAGGCCUCUGGGCCCUCUUUCGAGGGGCUGCUCCCCUACAAGCUGCCCUACGACCCGGACCGCAACUUUGUCGAGGACUACGGUAUCUCGGACGAUGAGGGUGAUCCCGCGUCUGGAAGAAUCUCUCCUUGUACUUUCCGCCUUCUUGCCGAGGGCUGUGCCGAGCAGAACACUGACGGCAAAAUCUUCCCGGAAGAUGCUCGGCGUAUGCGUCCCGCGACUGCCAUGGACGAUGGCCCUCCUAAAGUGAAAGCCCCUGACCGUCUCAGAAUGGAGUUCGAGACCCAGAGAGACAUCAACGACAAUGGCUAUCUCACGCCCUGCUACUCUCUUGAUUCUGAGCCUUCUAUCCUCUACCUACCUGCUGGCGUGACCUUGCAGCACAAGAUGCGCAACUGGUGGUUCGGCCUCUUCGACCGCAUGAACCCCGAAGUCGGACGUAACUUCCGCAAGAUUGAGUAUCAUGAACAGGGCGACCCCCCAAUCGCGCCCCCCGCGCCCGUCACCGACGACUCUAUAGCCACUGCCGAGCCCGGCGCCAUCUAUGCCGAACACUACACCCACUCUGAGAUCGAAGAGAUCCUCAAGACCCCCGGCGCCCGCAAGGUUGCCGGCGUCGAGGCGGCGAGCGCGGCUAACCUCAUCACGCAGCGCCAGAAGACCAUCCUCCGCUGGAAAACCCGGGACGAGGAAGUCACCCGCGAGAACGCCGUUCUGCGCGACGACGUCGGCCGGGCUCAGAAGGAGCUGCGCGAGAUGCGCCUAUCUGUUGAUCACCGCGCCGAGCAGGAGAGAAAGGCUGCCGAGGAGCUCGCCAAGCGCCUGAAGCAUGAGAAGCGCGUGCUGCGCCGUGUGUCUGCGCACUUGCACGACUUGCGUUACGAGGUCCAGGCCAAGUUCCACUCCCUCAAGGACGCCGAGGAGGAGAAUGAGAAGAUGAAGAGUGAGCUGAUUCGGGUCAAGACUCGGAUCAAGGAUGAGUGCUCGAGAGCCAACUUGGCGAGUCCCGAGGAGGUUCGCCGGGCUGUCUCGCAGAACUUUCGGGACAAGAUGGCGGCUUUGGACCUUACUGGUUGAUCUUGAGGUGAUCGUCUAGUGAAAAAUGUUCUGCAGCACAGUCAGUUGUGCUUGUGGUAUUCUCGCUUUUAUCCUGCUGCGUUUGGCAUGGUUCUUCAGUGAAAUGUUGCUGAUGGGUAAGUUCUGGGAUUCAAAUCAUGAUCAGUUCGUCUGGCUUACGACAACACUAGGACAAACCCUGAGAAGGGAAGACG